AUGGCUUUCUCAAAGUUUCAACUUGGAAUAUUUCUCAUCACAUAUUCUCUCCUCAUUAUUUGCCAGUCAAAGAUAUUGAAUACAAAACAAAUCGGACAAGAAGAGUGUGUUUACAGAGGUCUAUGCCAAUUCAGCAGAGAAUGUAAGAGUCGAUGUGGACCGCCUGAAUUCUCACAUGAAACUACUGGUUUAUGCAUGCUCGAUUAUCAUGACAACAAAUAUCGUUGUUGUUGUACUUCAAAUAACUAAAACCGAUUAUAAGUUUGGUUAAAUAUUAAUAUGGAAAAAUUGAAAAUAA